CUUUUAUUUUUUUCUCUCUUGCCUACUCUCUUUCUCUCUCUUAAACGAUAACAGUUCAUUUUUGUUUUAUAUUUAUAUUUAUUUAUUAUAUUAUUUUCUUGAAAAUAUAUGGUUGUAAUUACCAUGCUACCCCUGUCUCCUCGGUCCUCACUUGGGGAUAUUGCUGGAAGAUUUGGAUUCUUGUUGAGUGGAAUUUCUGGAAAAUUUGGAGUUUUUAUGUGCUGACCUGGUGGAUCCUCAUGCAAGGUACAAUGGACCACUCACGUAGACAAUUGCCGCCAAUGGCGCCACAUAAGCGAAAAGUGAGAGAUGAAACGUUUGACUUUCUUAAGCCGUCAAGGCCGAUAAGACCACCACCACCACCGCCACCAUCAAAGCUAGCCAAGCCGAAGGCGAAGACUGUUGCUCCUCGAUCCACGGCCCCAAUUAAACCAUCAUCCAAACCCUCUGUAUCUUCUCCGGCUCAGGCGCCGGCCAAUAAUAACAUACUCCUAGCUGGAUACUUGGCUCAUGAGUACCUCCACAAAGGCACAUUAUUCGGCCAAUUAUAUACUCCGGCUCCACCAGCUUCUCCGGCGGCCAGUUCAGCCGGUUCUAAGACAACGAUACAGCCGAGUUCUGGUUCUCUUAAUCGGGAAAGGGGAAAGGCUGUUGAGCUGAAGCCGAAGCUGAAGCCAAAGCCAAGCGAGAAGAAACGUAUUCACGAGCCGCAGCUGGUCAAGAAUCAAAGGUACGCCGACGUGUCCCAGCUGCUAAAAGAUGGGGUCCACAUACCGGGCAUUGUUAACCCAUCACAGCUUGCUCGUUUCUUGCAUCUAUAAUGAGUUUAAAUCAUCAUUCGUAAGGGAUUUAAUUUAAGUUUUCGAUAAAUUAUAAUAUUUACGUAUAUAGUAUAAAAGAUGUUAUAUUUAGAAAGCAAGAACAUCUAUAAGAUGAUGUUUAGACCUUGAGGUUUUGCAGGUGAUUAUUCGGUACUGAAUAGUGAAUAAUCAGAACUCAGAAGCAUGUAAUAGAUAAAACAUGUUGCAUAUGGAUAAUGUUUAUAUACAUAACUGCAUGUUUCAUAAUUA